AUGCUGAACCCUGCUGACCUACAGGCUCAUGUCAUGGAACUCUCCCAUAAAGUAGAUCAGCUGACACAGGGUCUCAGAGAACUCCAUUCUGAGAAUCUAACCCUAAAAGGUAUUAUCAAAGAAGGAUUUAGCUCUCAUUCACUUCCUCCUGAACCACCUAUCAGUCCCCCUGAAUAUUUCUCAGGUGAUAGAAAGACCUUUAGACAGUUCUACAAUGCAUGCAGAAUGUUCAUUACUCUAAAACCUAAAACAUUUCCUACUGAAAGAGUUAAAAUUCUAACAAUCAUAUCCUAUUUAAGAGGAGAACCCCGUGCGUGGGCGGACUCUUUAUAUGAAUCCAAUGACCCUAUACUUGAAUCAGUUGAUGAUUUCUUUAAAGCAAUGGCUGAUCUAUAUGAGGAUCCUCAUAAACAACUAACUGCAGAAAAUACCCUACGUAGCCUCAAACAGAAAAAAGACAUGUAG